ACGGAGGGUGGGCCGAGCUGGGAGGGGCGGGGCCGCAGGCCGCAGGCCGGAGGCGCGUCGGGCUGGAGCCGGUCACCAUGCCCCGAAGGAAGCAAAGCCACCCGCAGCCCGUGAAAUGUGAGGGGGUCAAAGUGGAUACUGAAGACUCCCUCGAGGAAGGACCUGGCGCCCUGGUGUUGGAGAGUGAUUUGCUACUAGGCCAGGAUCUGGAGUUUGAGGAGGAAGAGGAAGAGGAAGAGGAGGAAGAUGACGGCAACAGCGAUCAACUCAUGGGCUUUGACAGAGACUCUGAAGGAGACUCUCUGGGGGCCAGGCCUGGGCUUCCCUACGGGCUGAGUGACGACGAGUCUGGGGGCGGCCGGGCACUAAGUGCCGAGAGUGAAGUUGAGGAGCCAGCCAGGGGUCCAGGGGAGGCCAGGGGUGAGAGGCCAGGCCCAGCCUGCCAGCUGUGUGGGGGGCCGACAGGUGAGGGGCCGUGUUGUGGGGCAGGAGGACCGGGUGGGGGGCCCCCGCUGCCCCCACGGCUACUGUACUCAUGCCGCCUCUGCGCCUUCGUGUCCCACUACUCGAGCCACCUGAAGCGGCAUAUGCAGACACACAGUGGGGAGAAGCCGUUCCGCUGUGGCCGCUGCCCCUACGCCUCAGCCCAGCUCGUCAACCUGACGCGGCAUACUCGCACCCACACUGGCGAGAAGCCCUACCGCUGUCCCCACUGCCCCUUUGCCUGCAGCAGCCUGGGCAACCUGAGGCGGCAUCAGCGCACCCAUGCAGGGCCCCCCACUCCUCCCUGCCCGACCUGUGGCUUCCGCUGCUGUGCCCCACGACCAACCCGGCCUCCCAGUCCCACAGAGCAGGAGGGGGCAGUGCCCCAGCGACCUGAAGAUGCUCUGCUCCUUCCAGAUUUGAGCCUCCAUGUGCCACCAGGUGGUGCCAGUUUCCUGCCAGACUGUGGGCAGCUGAGGGGAGAAGGGGAGGGCCUGUGUGGGACUGGAUCAGAACCACUGCCAGAGCUGCUGUUCCCUUGGACCUGCCGGGGCUGUGGACAAGAGCUGGAGGAGAGUGAGGGCAGUCGGCUGGGACCUGCCAUGUGUGGGCGCUGUAUGCGAGGAGAGGCUGGAGGGGGUGCCAGUGGGGGACCCCAGGGUCCCAAUGACAAAGGCUUUGCCUGUAGCCUCUGCCCCUUUGCCACUCACUAUCCCAACCACCUGGCCCGGCACAUGAAGACACACAGCGGUGAGAAGCCUUUCCGUUGUGCCCGCUGCCCCUAUGCCUCUGCUCACUUGGAUAACCUGAAACGGCAUCAGCGCGUCCACACAGGAGAGAAGCCCUACAAGUGCCCCCUCUGCCCCUAUGCCUGUGGCAACCUGGCCAACCUCAAGCGUCAUGGUCGCAUCCACUCGGGUGACAAACCUUUUCGGUGUAGCCUUUGCAACUACAGCUGCAAUCAGAGCAUGAACCUCAAACGCCACAUGCUGCGGCACACAGGCGAGAAGCCCUUCCGCUGUGCCACCUGCGCCUACACCACAGGCCACUGGGACAACUACAAGCGCCACCAGAAGGUGCAUGACCAUGGUGCAGCAGGAGGGCCGGGCCUCUCUGCCUCUGAGAGCUGGGUCCCACCUCAUAGCCCACCCCCAGUUUUGAGCUCUCGGGGUCCAACAGCCCUGGGCGCUGCUGGUAGCCGGACUCUUCACACAGACUCACCCUGAGCUAGGUUCUUGUCCAGGGCCCUAAGGGUUAGCCGUGACCCUCCUGUAUGUUUUAUACAGACUGAUCAGAAGCUGCCACCUCCUUCCUCCCCCGCUGGCCAGGGGCUCCACACAGACUAACCUAAGCACUAUAUGGACCAGCCCAAACCCGAUGGGUGGGGGGCCCAUGUGGACCAGGGGCUUUGCCUUGACUGGUGCACUUCAAGAGCUCAGUGAAAAGGGCCCUGUAUUUACCUCCACUGCUUCCAGGAGCUGUGGAGGGACUGGCUGGGGGACUGACCAGGCUCCCAUCUGUUUAUUUAACUUAUUUCAGUGCUUUAUAAUAAAGGAAACACUAACAAAGCCAUGUGUAUGCUGAGUUAGCACUGGCAAGCACAGCAGUCCCUGCUGUGAUGGUGGGGGGAGCAGGGGCAGUGAGAGGGAACCAGAGAUAGGCAGCAAUCAGGCUGAGUUUAAUGAUUGGGAGCUGGGCCAGACCAUACAUAGACCUCUGCCCAUCCCCUCGGCCCAUCGCCCCGAGAAGCCAGAAGCAGCCAGGGAGAGCUGUGGUUCCCGAGGCAGGAGGCCAUGGUCCCUUGGAUAGUGUGCAAAAUACUAAACGCUAAUUUGGCAUCGAGGGCCAGCUUGGAAAAGAGAAAGGGGGCAGUCCUUUGUACAGCCAGCCCAGGGGGAAGAGAAGGCAGGUUAGGCAGCCUCUGGCCGAGGGGAGAAAAGGAAAGGUAGGAAGGAAAAGACCCCCAGCUUGGGGGUACACAGGCACAGGGCAAGUUUCUGUAUAUUCCUCUGGGGUAGACUCCCAAGCUGUGGAGAUUACAGAUCCUCAUCUCCAAUGCCCUCGAAGGCGAAAUUGCCGUGAACGUCACCGGCACUGGCAUCUGUGCUGGGACUGCCAAUCCCCCGCAAGCUCACAGCACUCAGUUUGCUCUGUAACAAAGGCAGGUAGGGGUCAGAGAGCUUGAGCCUCCUGGAGGUCCCCAUCAAACACCAACCUCACCAACAUUUGUAGGAAACUCACUGAGAGUUUGGCCAUGGACUCCCGGGUGGCAUCAGGUGACUCCUGGGGAAGAAGAGAGAGAGAUGUCAGAGACCUUACUGGGGGAGGUAGAAACAAGGCUGGGAACCUGGGUACUGACCAGUGAGUAAUACUUACAAGCAGCGGUGGGGAUUUCACUGCUUGCUGACUGUCUGAGUGCCUCAGGGUACCCCCGACCCGCCGGCGGAGCAUCUGGGAUGGAGACAGGAGGUGCUGAUGAGGAUGGGAUCACUCCCUUUAGAAUCCCAACCCUUUCCCUUCCUCUCCAGAGAAGCCUCAUACCCAGGACAGUAAGGGAGAGCACAACCACUCAGCUGCUUAGUCUACACACUUGCUUCUUACCUUCCUGAUACUGCCACCAGACUUCUUCACCAUCAGUUCAUCUACCAUGGACUGCAAGCAGAUGCUCAUCAUGAUAGCCUGGGGCAAGAAAACAGCUCAGCCUAAACAGUGGUCAUCCUAACCCAGUACCCCAAAGACAAGGGCUCCCAUCACAUGGAGUCCUGAAAGCCCUUGACUUGGGUAUCCAAGGCAGACAGUGCAGUGUGCUCCAGAGGAGGCCUGAGGGUAGGCUCACACCUGGGGACUGGUGAUGGUGACCCACUGUAGUCGAUCCUUGCUCAUGAGGUAUUCGAAAGCCAGUUCCAGGCGCACCUCACCCCGGCCCCGGCCUGGGCUGCUGGUGCCUCCACUGGGCAGUGGCACCUGGGAGUUAGGGGAAUUAGGUUGAGUUCUUUCUGACCUACCUGCCUCCCUUCCUGACCCUUGCAGCCCAUUCCUGAAGCUCCAGGUCAGUCAGGCCCCUCCCUACAGGCUCUCCCCCUCUGCCCCAACUCACAGAGGAGGUAACCCGCCAACACCGCAUGCGGGUGACCCGGAAGGAACCUUCGCGGAGUUGCUGGCCAGGCAGGCGGAGCUGGAGGCUGAGCUCACUGUUGCCUGCGCUCACCACCACGGGACAGUCCUUUUCUGGAAAGUCGGCCACACAGGCAUCGAAGCGUAGGUAGCCAUAGUGCCGCAAUGUCUGGGCCAGCCGUAGAAACUGAAAUGCAGCCACCCCAUGGGGCAGGUCAGGGAGGGGGAGUGGGGUAGCUUAGAGAAAGCAGUCCCUUGGAUGGAGACAGGAAAGUAGCUAAGCUGGGCUCACCUCCUUCUUGGAGACCUUCUCUUGCAGAGACUUGAGCUGCCGGUGCUGCUCCUUGGUGACCAGAAUCCACCCACGCUCAAUAUCUGAUACUGUCUACAGUGGACACAAGGAAUGGAGGAGUGGGGACUCCCAGUCAGAGAUCUGAGGAAAGCAUGUAAAGUCACCUCCGUCCAGCCUCUUUGCAGUGAGUCCUUGAUCUUACCAGCUUAUAUAGCAGGACAGUAGGGGCUGUGUCAGGUGCCCUGAUAGUAUUCUAGGAACUUCCCCAUGAACUGGGAGCAAAGACAUGAAGGGAGUUUUCUUGGAGAGUGGGACACCACAGUCAUUUUCAGGGGAGGGAUUCUAAGGCAGCUACAAGCUCACCUGAGCGUAAAGCAGGUUGAGGCCCACCCGGUUCUCCAUGACAUCGUCAUCAUAGGCAGAGUCCCAAUAACUGUGAGGUCAAGGGGUGGAAAGGGGUAAUGGGGCUAAACUGGGGUGAGGAAAGAGGAAUAAUGGAAAAUAGGAACAAAACAGAACAGGAGCAAUCUGGAACUAUAAGGUGGUACAGUGGGAGGAAGCUUAGGAGGCCUUUUAGAAACACCCAGUUCUACCCACUUGUCCAGAUUAUUCUGUCUCAAUAUGUGGUCCAAUAAUUCAACCCAGCACCCUCUCCCUGCUCCAAGCACAGCCCUGACCUUUUCCUUAGCACGAUCUUAUACUCUUGACUCCGUAGACUGGUAACAGACACAUAAGGGAGCUCAAACUCUUGCAACUUCCGUACAA